AUGUCACGGAAACCAGCUGAUGUGGCGUCGAAAGAGCGCAACGAGUACAUCCCAUCAUUCAUUUCCAAGAAGCCAUUCUAUGUCGAUGAUGAGACUGGAAAUGAUUACCUGGAGCAUCAGCGUCUGCAGAAGACUGCCCAAGACCAGAAAUGGUAUGACCGGGGGAAGCGCGCUGGUCCAGCAGCGACCAAGUAUCGAAAGGGCGCAUGCGAUAACUGUGGCGCGAUGACACACAAGACAAAAGACUGUCUCAGCCGACCUCGAAAGCAAGGUGCUCGGUGGACCGGCAAGGAUAUUCAAGCCGACGAACUAGUCCAAAAGGUCGACAUGGGAUGGGAUGCUAAGAGAGAUCGGUGGAACGGCUACGACGCCAGCGAAUACCGUCAAGUCGUCGAAGAAUACGAAGAACUGGAAUCAAUGAAACAACAAGUUAAGGAAAAGAAUAAGCUCAAAAAGCUUAUGGAUGAUGAAGACGGCGAGGACCAAGCAGAUACUCGCUACGCCGAGGAAUCUGACAUGGGCCGACACCAAAGUACGGCUACGCGUAACCUACGAAUUCGAGAAGACACAGCCAAGUAUCUUCUGAAUCUGGAUCUUGAUUCCGCCAAAUACGAUCCGAAAACACGACGAAUGGUUGACAUGGGUGCGCAGGAUGACCAAGCUGCUGCGCUGUUUGCAGAAGAGAACUUUAUCCGUGCCUCUGGCGAUGCUGCCGAGUUUGAGAAAGCUCAAAAAUAUUCAUGGGAGUCCCAGGAGAAGGGCCAGGCCCACAUUCAUCUACAAGCCAACCCCACAUCUGGAGAGUUCCUUCGGAAGAAAGAGAAGGAAGAGGGCGAGACUAAACGCCAAGCUGAACAGAAGGCGCUUUUGGAAAAAUAUGGAGGCAGUGAAUAUCUUCAAACUAAUCCGCUACGCGAUACCAUGAUUGUCGAAAACGAACGCUUCGUGGAAUAUGACGAAUCCGGUGCCAUCAAGGGUGCACCCAAGAAAGCCACUAAAUCUAAAUACCCCGAGGAUGUCAUGGUCAACAAUCAUACCUCGACAUGGGGUAGCUGGUGGCAUGAUUUCAAAUGGGGUUAUUCAUGCUGUUUCUCGUUUGUGAAGAACAGUUAUUGCACCGGCGAAGAUGGAAAGAAGGCCUUUGAGGAAGAAGGCAACAUGUUGUUGCUAUCAAAUAACGAUCCUGAAGAAUCUUGGACUGGCCAGCCUGCUGACAAGGAUGAAAAGAAAGAUUCAGAAUCCAACGGGAAGAAGCGAACUUUGAUGGAGUUGCAGUCUGGGAUUACGGAAGAAGAAAUCGAGUCAUACAAGCGAAGCCGGGUGGCUGCUGAUGACCCGAUGGCUAAUUUCGUAGAUCAAGUCUGA